AUGGAAUAUAAAAGAUUGCCAGACGAAACAUUUGUGUUUUCGGAUCAUUUUCAUCAAAUUCUUGAACCCUGUUUGGAGCCUGUGAUAAAAUUUUUAAGUUUUAAUGAACAUUGUGAUCAACCCGUUAACAUAGUGGACUUCGGGACGUGCGACGGACAAGUUAUUACUCCAUUCCUGAAAAUUCUUAUUGGUCAAAUUAGAGCAAAGUCAAUAUCUGGAGAAAUUGCUGUGUUUUUCAACGAUCAAAAAACCAACGAUUUCAACGCUUUGGUCAAAACUAUUACAGUUUUCAAAGAAGAAAUGAAUGAUCCUCUCCUCCGAAUUUUCAUCAAUCCUAGCAAUGCAUAUGGCCGCUGCCUUCCGGAAUCCAGUAUUGACAUUGGUGUUUGCUCAUUCAUGGUGCACUGGCUAUCCACGCCGAUACGUCUCGAAAAGGAUUUAAUUUACCUGCCUGGAAAGUCUGAAAACAAAGAAGUUAUAGAAAAAGCUGCCGCCCAAGAUUGGAAGAAUUUUCUCUCCUUGAGAUCCCGAGAGAUGAAAAAAGGUGCUGUGUUUCUCUGUGUUGUACUCUACUUCCCUACAGAAUUAUUUGAAAUUCUUUGUGAUGAAUUCCAUCAACUUUAUGACAGAAAUAUCGUAACAAAGGAAGAAUUGUCAAACACAACCAUACCAAUGUACCCCUACAGAACAGAGACUGGACUCAGGGCACCGUUUGACGACAUUGGACAACAGAUUGGCAUUCAACUUCUAGAACUGCGGAAAAGACCUGUAAGGUCCUGUGAAAAUAAAGAUCUAGUUGCCGGUCUGAGGUUAUGGAUGUUUUGCAGCUUAAUGGCGGGACUCCGUAAAACCAGAAAUGACAAGGAAGCUGGUGAAAUCUGUAACAUGUAUUUUGAACAUUUAAGAGAUCGGUUAUCAGACUGGAAUUAUAUUGAUGUUUUCGUGUUUGAUGUUAUUUUCGAGAAAAUGUAG